CUUGAUUCUUAGAGUUAGUAUCUGUGGAGUGGGAGCAAACUAGCUUUAGUUUGAAGUCUUCGUCUAAACUAAGACAUGGAUAAACACAGUGCUCGUCUUACAUUGUACAUUCGAGGUCUCUGCUGGUGUUUUGCAGCCAUAUCCCUCUUACAUUGUGAUGCGAGAAAGUCGGCUAACUCUUUCAAUACUCAACAACAUUCAAGAAGUUGGAGCAUCAAAUUUACUAGAAAAAUGCACAAUUUGAAGCGGUUCGACACAGGAAAAGGACACUCCUUUUUGGAUCCCAUUUUUAAGCAAUUUGUUAUGCCAUUGGAUUCAUCAAAUAGUAAUCCUUAUCUUAGUUCACCAUCCUCUAUGCCACCCUAUGACUCCCUUGCUCCCAUUCCCUUGCCUGAUAAUAGCCCUCCAUAUGGUUCAUAUCCCCCAUCUACCCCACAGCCCCCUUCCACAAUCCCAAGCCCAACAAGUGGCUACACCCCAUUACCCCCUCCAGCUUCUUCUGGGCCCACAUUACCCGGCCCAAACCCACCAACUACUGUUCCUAGCCCACCUAGUGUUGUCCCAAAUCCACCUGAUUAUGUACCAAGCCCACCAUAUAAUGUUCCUACACCAAAUCAACCUGGGCUUAGCCCACCUUACUUUACCCCCGGCCCGCCCAUUAAUGUCCCGUCGCCUUCCGGCGGAUACGUUCCGAGCCCACACAUUUUCUUGCCGCCCAUUGUUUAUCCACCACCGACGGUGCCACCGCCGCCUCACACCUCCUCCACGACACUUUGGUGCGUGGCGAAGCCAUCUGUACCUGACCCGAUCAUCCAAGAGGCAAUGAACUAUGCAUGCGGGGCCGGAGCCGAUUGCGAUCAAAUUCAGCCCAGUGGAUCGUGUUUUCAGCCUAACACUCUAUUCGCACAUGCGUCAUAUGCAUUCAAUAGCUUUUGGCAAAGAACUAAGGUGGCUGGAGGCACUUGUGAAUUCGGCGGAACGUCCAUUCUUGUCACCAUAGAUCCAAGUUACAAUGGCUGUCAUUUCAUCUACUACUGAUUUUUUUGAAGACAAUACCAUCUUUUGCCAUCUUUUGCAGAUUCCUAUGAUUAUAUUAAUUUCUUUGUUUUGACAACGGAUUUGUAAGAUAUUGUACAUAUUUGUUGAACGAAUAACAAUUUUUUUUUUCUUUUU